AUGGCGUCGCAGGAGCAGGAAGGAGCGGUGGCUGAGACACGUGAUCAUAAUGAUUCCCCCGUUGCCGCAACCGCAACCUCCGAUAGCGUGAAGAAGACGAAAGGAAAUGGAUUCUUCUCGCGUAUUUGGAACGCAAUGUUUGGAGAGAAAGGAGACGAUUUCGAGAAGAGGCUUGAAUACAUCUCAAAGGAAGAAGCAAACGUUCUAUCAAGGAUCAAACGUAGAUCGAUUACGUGGAGGAAACUCUCUAGAAACCUCAUCCUUUCCUCCCUCAUCUUUGAGAUACUUGCAGUGGGUUAUGCGAUCAUGGCAACCAGAACUAAAGAUUUGGAUUGGAAGAUGAGGAGUUUCAGGAUCUUGCCUAUGUUUCUCUUACCUGCUCUCUCUUCUCUUGCUUAUUCCUCCAUCGUCACCUUCUCUAAGAUCUUUGACCGCAGAGAUCAAAGGACCUUGGAAAAGCUUCGAGCUGAAAGGUUGGAUAAAAUCAAUGAGCUUAAAGAAAGAACCAAUUUUUACAUCACCCAACAACUUAUUGAGAGAUAUGACCCCGACCCCGCUGCAAAAGCAGCAGCUGCAACUGUCCUAGCAUCCAAAUUGGGUGCUGACUCUGGCUUAAAAGUAGUUUUAGGAGAUGAAACUCAAGUCGAUCCGGCUUGGGGAAAGAGUAAUGACAUGGAGGUCAACCAAUCACAAGGGCUGAGGAAUCGAAGACAUCCGGAUACUAGACCCCACGGUUCUGAAGGCACUUCAACACAUCAUUCUGAUGAUGAGUCUCGUCACUCUGGGGCAACCGAGAGAUUACUAGGCACCGCGGAUCAAAACCAGGGGAUGGAUCAUCUCACGCAUUACAGUCCUCAGGGAUAUGCGGCUCCUGAUGGCAAUUGGUUCUCACGCAUCGCUGCUCUCCUUGUGGGGGAAGAUCCAACACAGUCAUUUGCCAUCAUUUGUGAAAACUGUCAUAUGCACAACGGACUUGCAAGGAAGGAGGACUUCGCAUACAUUACGUAUUAUUGCCCUCACUGUAACGCCUUGAACAAACCGAAGCAUUCAGAGGAGAAUCCACUUCUUCCUCCUGUUCCCGCUCUGCUGGUCACAGAGCCUCCUUCAUUGAUUGAAACCAGUGAGGUGGUUAAUAGUAGUAGCAGCUCGUCUAGUGAACGUGGGAAUAGCCCCAUUCCAGAAAUUGAAGUAUCAGAAAUAAAGGAGGAAACUGCAACUACUGAGACCGGGACACCGACCUGAGUAAGAUCCAGGUACCUGAAGAAGAAGGCUUUCUUUCGUGUGCAGUGUGCUUGUGUUACAGAAAGAAGGAGCUACUGCGUUUGUGAUUCGUUUAGGUAAAAUUUUUUACUAUUUUUUAUACUAUGCUUACGGUUUUGAUUCUGGUGUGUUUUUAAACCACAAGACAACCGGAUUUUGGUGGGUAAAUAUUACGAUUCUGAUGUCGUCAAUGAUGAUUUUUAUACGUUUUUGGGUCUUAAUCUUUUCAAUUUGCGAUACCUUUUCAGAUUGUCUAUGUAUUUUUGUAAUGUAUUCCCUCUUCAAUUUGGAUCAUAUUUGAUAUUAAU